AUGAUUCCAGCUGGACAGAAAAGGACGAAAAUCAGAGCCCCGAGAAAAAUCUCCGUAUUAGGAGGAGCCAACUCGGCAGACUCCCAGGUCGACUAUGAAGCUUCCUGGGGCCUUUUGGCGAACGCGAUCGCUCAGAUCCAGCAUAAGAACGUCUCCAACUUGCUGUACGAGCAGCUUUAUCGAAAAGCGUAUACUUUAGUGCUUAAGAAGUUUGGAGAGAGAUUGUACAAUGACGUGGCCAGCGCUAUUGGGGUGCAUUUGAGAGAGAGACAACGAGAGUUGGUGAAGAUCACUGAAGCGAGAACAUUCAAGAUGACAUGGAAAGAAGAUUUCCUUAAGGCGGCAGUGGCCGAAUGGGCCGAGCAUCUACAGCUGAUGAAGUUUAUCAGCGACGUGCUCAUGUACUUGAACAGGGUUUACGUGAAGGAGUGCCGUAAGCUCUUGGUGUAUGAUAUGGGAGUGGUGCUCUUUGAUAUGAACGUUAUUCGCCACAAUAACUUUUACGUGUGCAAAACGCUCGUGGUGAUUGUCAUUGACGAGAUUACAAAGGCUAGAAGAGGCCAGGUUAUUACUACUAGACUGUAUCUCCAACAGAUACUUGCCAUGUUUGAGAUGCUUACCAACGACGAGCCCAAUGUGGCUGCUUCUGUUCCAGGAGCCCCUGUGGGCGACAGUAUUUACCUGGAGCAUUUUGAAAUAGCAUUUUUGGAGCAGCUGCGGCAAUUCUACCUGGCUUUGGCAGACGAGAUCAUGCUGCUGAUGCUGGGAACCCGUUAUUUGGCAGAUACGCUCAAGUUUAUGAAUGACGAGGAGAAGCGGAUUGCAUACCUCUUGCCACAAAAGACUUCUGUGAAGGUUGUCCAUAUGAUGAACAAUAUCAUGAUCAAGGAACGUCUUGACAAGAUGGUUCUACUUCCUGCAGCCCAACAGGGUCUUAUGUUCUGGUUAGAUCCUCUCGUUUCCAGGGUCAAGGAUAGUGUCAGUUCGAAAGGGACAUCAUCGUCUGCUCUGCAUCUCCCACAAAGCUUAAAUGAGCUUCGUACAUUCUACAUUCUCGUGGAGCGUGUGGAUCCCGAUAAGAAACUAUUGAAGGUGCGCUUGAAGGAGGCUCUUAUCAAGACAGGGCUUCAAUUUGUGGAAUUCAUUACGAAGCAUCUUGAACAGCAGCAACAGCAACAGCAACAACAGAGCGCUGCUCCUCCUAAGAAAGUAUCUGUCAGUACGAGUUCUGCCACUUUCGCUACGCUAUGGAUCGACAUGAUUCUUGAGUUCAACAACGAACUUGCAGUGGCCAUCAAGACUUGCUUCAACGGUGAUGCCGAUAUCGCUCAUACCAUUUACGAGGCAUUCAGGGAGUUCAUCAAUACUUCGAACCAGCCUACAAAGAGACUGGCCAUUGCUCCAUCUACAAACGCUCCAGAAUUGCUUUCUGUAUUCAUGGACUCCCAAAUCAAACAGCUUGUCAAACUGUCUGGAGCCAAGCGCGUUACUCUGGACCAGAAUGCUAGUGUGGACGAAACGCAAGACUUUCUCCAUAAAGCCAUUUCAUUCCUUCGGUUCAUCAAGGAUAAAGAUGCAUUUGAAGCCCACUACGCUAACCAUUUCGCCAAGCGAUUCCUCAACUCUAAAGGAUCAUCUUCGAUCGUGCUGGGAGUUGAUGCAAGGUACAAUGGUGAUAUUGAGGAACUUGUUAUCGCCAAGCUAGGUGAAGAAUUGGGUAGUGCAACCAUGGAAAAGAUCAUCAAGAUGAAGAAGGACGUCAAGCUGUCUGGCGACUUGACAAUGGAAUGGAAGAACCAUGUUGGCUCCCACAAACUCUCUACAAUCGAGCUCGAGCUCAAGGUCUGCCAUGUUUCUGACUGGCCUAAGAGUAUGACAAGAGAUUACAAGAGUUUUGCUACCACCAACGGCCAAAUUGGGUUCAUCUGGCCUAACCAGGUGCGUGAAACCAUCAGGACAUUCGAAGAGUACUGGCUCACAGGUAAGAAAAACGAUAACAAGUCGCUCUUCUGGUGUCCUAAGUUUGGUCUGAUGGAUCUUCGAAUCACUUACCCGCUGAGAACAUAUGACAUCAAUCUUUCAACUUAUGCGGGUGUGAUUAUGCUCUUAUUUGGUCCGCAGUCGAGCGAUCCCGAUGAAACUCCCGUUUCUGCCUUUGACCAAAAGAGAGAGCUUACAUACGAGGAGAUCCUCGAACUUACCAAUAUCCCCGAGGCAGACCUCAAACGUCAGCUUCAAUCGAUCGCUGUGGCACCUCGACUGCGUCUUUUGGUGAAGGUGCCAAUGUCGAAGGAGAUUCAAAGUGGUGAUCGGUUCCUGCUCAACAGUAAGUUCAAACUGCCUACUACAAAGGUCAAGGUGCUUACGGUGUCUCUGGGCUCAGCGAAACUGGAGAAGAAGACCGAGAAGGCCGAAGAGAGUGAAGAAGUCAAGGCUAACAUCGAAGAAGGCCGUAAGCACUUGGUAAACGCAGCCGUGGUGAGAAUCAUGAAAUCUCGUCAAACCAUCACCCACAACGAACUUGUGGCCGAAUUGGUGAAACAAUUGCAUGGCCGGUUCCAGCCGCUGACGGUGCUUAUCAAGCAGCGUAUCGAGGACCUUAUUGAAAAGGAGUACCUCAAACGAGACAACGACCAGAUGGGGGUAUACCACUAUAUUGCCUAA